CGGGAAUGUAAAUGUCAAACCAAUUACUGUUUACAUAUUUUUUGUGAUGUCAGGAGCGGUGACCUGAAACAAUAACUCAGGAGGGCUGAUUUUGGUGUUCAUCACUAGAAAUUGGCUCAUUUUAUUUAACUCACUCCAGUGUUUUAGAUCAUGCAGUGUUUUAUCAUAGUAACCGUGCAAAUUCAACGUGCAAAUUGCAUAAAAUAUAGAAUACUGUACAACGUCAAGGAAUGGGAUGGAAUCCUGCUUGUAAUGCGUCAUUGUGUAAACAUUUCAACCUACGCAGCUGAGGUCACUGCCAUUCAAGCAGCAGUAUAUAUCGUGCGUCUUUAAACUUUAAACAGACUUAAUGACCAGCCGGUAAGAAACUGCAAUGAGAAGGAUGGAACAUAUGGAGAGCUGUCAAAUACACUACACAUGUGUCCAAGGCUGGAAAUUAAUUACCAACUAUAAAACAAAACACACAACUUUCCAUAUCUGUUGGGUCCUAUGAACGGAUAAACGGGCGUAAAAAAACAAACGAGAUGACGAAAAAAUGCAAUUUCACCGCCAUAUUUCAGGUGUACGUAUCGGGCUUAAAAUGCUGUGAGUCGCAGCGAGGAUUAGAAAAAGCUAGGGCAUAUUUUCGUCGUAGUUCUGCUGUGUUUACCGGACGAAUCUCGGCAGGGUUAUAUAAUGCGCUUAGGCCGUACUUGUGUAGACUUGUUGCGCACAGCAGGAAUUUAAUUUACGAAGCAAAACGAUAUUGGUCGACUGGUAGCUUUCGAGGUUACUGCAUAUAGUUAGGAUAUUAGCAUUACAAAGGCUGUGUGUUUUUGUGCGCCAAACAACGGCGUAUCUAUUCAAUCGUAUUUGUAAAGUGCUAUUUAAUGCCCCGUCUAAAGACAAAUGCCUAUACACAUUACAAUGGGUUGAACAAUAAAACGAGGCCAUUUAUAUGCAACUUGUUGGGUCGUGUAAAAGAAACACUCGCAAAUCUGUGCUGUAUAAUUGGAACGAAAGAAGCCGGUUAUACUUAAAGCAAUUACGGAAAAUUUUCGGCAAGGAUCCACAGAGCUAAUCUACUUGUUUGAAUUGGGAUAAAUUCCUUGUAAUCCAAGUGAAUUGAGGGACAGAUAUUUCGCCGAUUGGUGACGACAGCUUAAAGCUUUACUCGAAUCAAUUUCGGUUUUGUAAAAUAUGUGGCCUGUCUGUAAUGGCUGAGAUGGGGAUUUCACUGGAAAAGUGCUCGUAAAGUGGGUUUAUUUGGUGAUUAAAACGAAUUCUAUGCUAUUAUCUGGCCGGUGAAGUUCUCUGAACUUCUAAUUUACUGCGUUGUAUUCAGUCCUCUGCUCGGGCAAGUUCUGUUGUAACAGUUGUAAUUUGUUAACCUCGAUUGUAUAGUUGUUGUUACAAGGGGCGCUUUAAUAGAGAAAAGAUCGUCGGAUCAAUUUAAAUUGAGUCUGUGGUGAAAAGAAAACGAGCAUAAAAACACAGACAUUCGGAUACUACAUGCACUUGGUCGGACUCGAGCUGCCAAGAUCUAAAGUAAGAUAUUAGUGAUAAACCCUAAAUAAUUGUCGAAAGAGGACGUUUGUUCUGGAGUUUCCAGCGCGAUCUCCGAAAUCGAUUGGUCUAAAGGCAAAGGCUGAAUUCUGUUUAUAUCUCGAGUGUGCGUUGAGAACAUAUUCAUUACAGCGUAACUGCAAGGGUAAAAACUACAAGAAAUUUCUAUGCGACCGCUUGGAGCUAUCAGCAUUCGCUCGGGCCUUUGAAUAUAAUCUGUGAUCAACUACAGGAUCAUCUGCGCACCAGAUUUCCUGAAAGGCUUUCAAGUACCUCUCGACAGAACAGAUAACCAAGUUUAAACAACAUCCAGCUGGAUCUGAUAUUGUAACACAAUCGGUAUACUUGAUACGUGUCUGUCUAUACUUCAAAACACAGAAUCGUCGAAUCGAAGAAUUCCCCGGCUGUCAACUAACAGCGCGGAUCGGCAUUGGAAAACACCAUAUAAAUCAUUCUGGUAAACUACACCUACCUUGAAAAAUUAUAUACCGUGAUAAAAAAACCUGUCGGGAAGCUAACAGCAUUCCUACCAUUUCAUUAGGAUCACAUUUUGUCAAAUAAAUACUUUCAGAGAUUCACAAAUACAACGAAUCACAGAAGAACUAUUUUAGACAUCCAGUGAACAUUCCAUUGCGGUGAUUGCUGUUCGUACUAAUCUGUGACUAAUUGUCAAUUACCAAAUCUUAUUAAUCGCUUGAGUAUUGAGGUUUGGCCUCCGUUUGAGAAAAAAAUUCAUCAACCGAACAUACUGACCGAGUUUAGCUUUCGAGAAUAGGUUUCACUAUCGCUAAUUUGUCAGAUAUACCAUUCGGAUUUUUCCCGUUAUUGCCUAAACGUGUUCAUCGAGUCAGGAAGCAAACUGCUAUUCCAGACCACUUGCCAUUGAUACUUCGAGGGGCUAUUUUCUAGUCUAAUAAACUGUUGCAAAUUAAGAAAUCGCUAAUCAGUACCUGCUAAUCUCUCUCGUUAGACUGCAUAGAUAUCGAGUUUAGCUUUGGUGCACGCAUAAAUCAUUCAAUCACCACAUCUGAUUCCAUCCGUUCCCCCUUCAAAAUUUAGGAAACUACCUACUAAAACUGUACUUUUAACAGUUUUUCAUUCGAAGUCCAUUGGAAUCAGUUUCGGCCCGAUACAUUGUCAUCAGUACCUUAUCGACUGCUUGUUCAUCGAUUUAGCACCUUGAUAGAUCACAAAUGUCCGAUCUAUUUUGAAACUCGAGAGCGAGGUUGAAGAGAUUAUUGAAGAUAUUGCAAUGCAAUAUUGGAGCGAUAGCAAAUGUCGAGCUGUGCAACGAGCGAGCAUUAGUGCGGGGCCUAGUCCACAAACCCUACCAGAAAACGACGUCUUCAACGAGCCGAACGGCAAUCAAAUGGGGUCACAACCUGUACGGAACGGCCCGCCACGGUUGCCAAAAUACGACCGCAAGGAGCGACUUGUCGUGAACAUUUGCGGAGCGCGUUACGAGGUCCUCGAAAGCACGAUACAACGCUAUCCCAACACGCUUCUGGCCGACCACGAGAAACGCGCCGAGUUUUGGGAUGAUGAAAGAAACGAGUAUUUUUUCGACCGCAACCGAUUAUGCUUCGAAUCGGUGCUGACUUACUACCAGAGCGGAGGCUUUCUAUUGCGGCCUCCCAACGUACCGGAUAUAUUAUUUAUAAGGGAACUUGAAUUCUACCAAUUGGGCGAAGACGUCAUAAAAACGGUGAAAGGGGAGAACGUCAUCCCUGAGCCGCCAAGGUCUCUGCCCAAGAACAAACUGCAAGCUCAGAUUUGGAGCCUUUUCGAGUAUCCGGAUACGUCAAACAGCGCUCGCGGCAUUGCAUUGUUCAGUUGCGCCAUAGUGUUGCUGUCCAUAGUGCUGUUCUGUAUCGAGACUUUGCCAGUAUUCCAAGAGAAAGGCGAGGACGGAAAGACGAGGGAUCACAUGGUGUUCUUCAAUAUCGAAGCUGUGUGCAUCGCUUGGUUCACUAUAGAGUACGUGAUACGGUUUCUAUCCGCGCCAAACAAGUGCAGAUUCCUAAUAGAGGUACUAAACAUUAUUGAUCUGGUCGCUAUUCUUCCCUUCUUCAUUUCAUUCGGGCUCAGUGGGCAGAAUUCCAACGUCUCUUCAAUGGCAGUGUUGCGGGCGGUCAGGCUUGUGAGGGUGUUUCGUAUAUUCAAAUUGUCACGGUACUCCACUGGACUGCAAAUACUGGGGAUGACUUUGAGAGCAAGCAUGGGAGAGUUGGGUCUGCUCGUGUUCUUCCUUAGCGUUGGUGUGGUAUUAUUCUCAAGUGCUGUGUACUAUGCCGAGAUAGACGACGAAGGUGGACUAUUCCAAAGUAUACCGCACUCGUUCUGGUGGGCCAUCGUUACCAUGACAACGGUCGGCUAUGGCGACAUGUAUCCAAAGACAUUUGUUGGUAAACUAGUCGGGUGUCUCUGCGCAUGUACCGGAAUUCUGGCCAUUGCUCUUCCAGUUCCCGUGAUAGUCUCGAAUUUCGAACACUUCUACAGCAAAACUCAGCGAAGAGAGUCGGGAGACACGCCCGAGAGCAAGGACAAGAUCGAGAAGCAAAAUCGGUUGAAAAAAUUUUUAGCCAGUCUCCGACGCCGACGGUCGAACAACAAGUCCAGCGAGGAAAUGUACUUUGAUAUGGGACCUUUUUUAUUCUUAACAAAGACUCGACUGCCGAUCCACAGUCCGGGAAUGAAUCUCGCACAGAGUACAAAGAUCAGGGCACGCAAGUGA